UCUUACAUCUCUCUCUCUACAUACAUACAAUUUCUCUAAAACUUCAUCAUCAUCAUCAUCAUCCACUUCGAGAGAGAGAGAGAGAGAGAGAAUAUGGUGGAUGAAUUAAUGGUGGUGUGCGUGGACAGGAUUAUAGCAUCAGCUGCAUGCCUUCAACAACCAAAUAACACUACACCAGAAAAAGAAAGUGUUGCAGUUAGUGUUGGUGGUGGAAAUGAUGGCGAUGGUACAACAAAAGAUGGGAUUUUUAACGGAGGGAUUUCUUCUUCUUCUUCGACAGAAGUAAAAGGGAGAGUGAGUGAGUGCAGAAUUUGUCAGGAGGAAGACCACGACAAGGAUUUGGAGUCUCCUUGUGCUUGCUCCGGCACUCUCAAGUUUGCUCAUAGAAAGUGUGUCCAGAGAUGGUGCAACAAAAAAGGCGACAUCACCUGUGAAAUCUGCAAUCAGGUUUUUUCACCAAAUUAUAUUUGUCCACCCCCAAGAGGCAAUGCUGAUGUUAUGACUAUUGAUAUCAGACAAGCAUGGGAAGCUCAUGUUGAUCUUCACCACACUCAGUUAUUGGCCUUCACAGAAGCCGGGCAUCAGCUUUUGCAGUCAGAGUAUAACGACUAUGGCAUGGAAAACCGUAGGAUUCUUAUAUGCUUCCGCUCUGCUGUUAUCAUUCUGAUGCUGCUCUUGGUGAUACACCAAACUUUGAUGGUUAAAUUAGAUAUUGGGAUGCCACUGGGAUCAUCAGUUUUCUUCCAUUAUCUGAUUUCCAUUCUUCAGCUGGCUGGUUUUCUUCUUCCUUGCUACAUCGUGGCCCAUUCAUGGUACAUUGUACAAUACCGAAGGGGAAGGCAGGGAUGAGCUGAAUGGCUGACUCUAAAGGUAUGUCGAGGCGGCCGAUGUAUUUAUAGCCGAGCUAUUCUUCUUCUUCAAGUCUCUAGCUGCUUGCCUAAGCUAAGCUUAAUCUCAUAUUGAAAAGGUUUAACAUUGAAUUAUUUGAAUUUUGCUGCUGUUGCAAGGCAUGGUAGAAUUAGGCAUAUGUUUGAUGUUGUUAGUCUAUCUAGGAACUCAAAAAUGCAAUUGUAAAUGAGAUUUCCUUGAGUUCACUAGGUCCUCAAAUAAAUAUCUCCCGAGAUGAUUUAAUUGGUUAGGACUUAGGAGUGGACAAUUUCGUAAUUAAAAUAGUCUUUUCUUCUA